CUGAUUGGUCGAAUUUAAUCCCUCCUUAGCAACGCGCAUUUGUGUGGUGGUGUGGCACGUGGUUACUAAGCAAUGUCACUUUAACUUUAUCCCUGUUUGUAAGUUUUUUAGCGAUGUAACAACGUGCACGGAAACUCUAGCACACUAUAAUUGCAAAAGAUAAAGGAAAACCGAAGGACACGAACAUACCUGAGAUUCAGCUGUUGGAAAUUAGCAUGUUUUUAAGUCACUUUGCGUUCGGAAGAGAUUUAGAGGAUUUGCCGUCUAUAUUCGACACACCAGAGCUUAUGGGACACAGAAGUGGGUUAUAGCAAGACCGUGUUUACUUCUGUGUAAAUAGCGGAUUUGCUUUUAAAUACAUUUAUUUUCAAACUUCACAUAACAAAACCCUUUGGAACGACACGCGUGGAAAUAUUUGAACAUCCUAAAGUUUCAGUAUUUAAUAAAAUGGGAGAUGACAAUGAGCUGCUCGGAGCAUCUGAGUUUAUCAAAGAUCGUCUGUAUUUUGCGACUCUUAGAAGCAAACCCAAAAGCACAGCAAACACACAUUUCUUCUGCACUGAUGAUGAAUUUAUUUAUGAAAACUUUUAUGCAGAUUUUGGUGCUGUAAAUAUGGUGACUGAACUGAACAAAAAACUAAAGUCUUUCACUCUGUCCAGAAAGCGCAUCAUCCAUUACACCAGUUACGACCAACGGAAGAGAGCCAAUGCGGCCUUCCUCAUCGGUGCUUAUGCGGUAAUCUACUUAAAAAGAACGCCAGAGGAGGUGUACCGGGCCCUGAUCUCUGGAACCAAUGUGUCAUACCUGCCCUUCAGAGAUGCUGCUUUUGGGAACUGCACAUAUGAUUUAACCAUAUUAGACUGUUUACAAGGAAUCCGCAAGCGUGUAGAAAAUGGUGAUUUUAACUGGAUUGUGCCAGGAAAACUGUUGGCCUUCAGUGGACCUCAUCCCAAGAGCAAAAUAGAGAAUGGUUAUCCUCUCCAUGCUCCAGAAGCAUACUUCUCCUACUUUCGCCAGCACAAUGUCACAGAUGUUGUACGACUGAACAAGAAGAUUUAUGAAGGUCGGCGCUUCACAGAUGCUGGGUUUGAACAUCAUGACUUGUUCUUUGUAGAUGGCACCACACCUAGUGAUCUCCUCACAAGACGCUUCCUGCACAUCUGUGAGAGCGCCAAGGGUGCCAUAGCUGUCCACUGCAAGGCUGGCCUUGGCAGGACAGGCACUCUGAUAGGCUGCUACCUGAUGAAGCAUUAUCGCUUCACAGCACCUGAGGCCAUUGCCUGGACACGAAUCUGCAGACCGGGCUCUGUCAUUGGACCACAGCAGCACUUUCUCGAACAGAAGCAGCACAGUAUGUGGGUGCAAGGUGAUCUCCAUCGGUCCAAGCAGAAGCAACAGCAGUUGAGGCAAAGCCGACAACAGGAGAGAAACAUGGCCCGUCUCAUAUCCAGCGUGGACGACAUGUCCAUCGACAGCACCAUUCUGAAGCCACCAAGUGUGGAUGAGAAUGAGUUCAGGGAAGAGGACAUGAUUCCAACUCAAGGAGACAAACUACUAGCUCUAAAGGGCCAACGUCACCCCAGACCUACUGCCACAGUGCUUAGUGGCUUAAACCCAGCUCCAAGCACCAUUUCCCCUCCCAAGUCUUCCAAAGCUCCUCUCUUCCUCGCCUCUAUCACUGCACCACGGAGACUAACAAGAAGCCCGUCCUCCUCUGCCGGCAAUAUAAAAAGCUUCAGUCCCCGUUUAGCCCAUUCCCUCAGCAACCUUUACGAUGAUGACAACUUUAAUGACGAUGACAACAGCACACCUCCUUCCUCCUUCGCACCCUCCCCAUCUCCUGCUCUAACCCCUGCACCUCCAUCUGGCUUCAGCUUUGGGUACACCUCUACCGAGCCCCGACUUCCUCCCUCACAUUUAAACUUCAAUCAAGAGGCCAACACCAACCUCAACAGCCUUACUGGAGCUAAUACGGUUAGCGCUAAUCGCACAGUCAGGCCUAUGAACAGAACCGGCUAUAGUCUGUUCUCCAGCGGUCCGCCAAACCCCCGUAGAGGUCCAUUGCGAGGUGGACUAAGCAGGUUUCCAGGGCGCUACCUCAGCAGAUCCAUUCCAUCCCUUCAGUCUGAAUAUGCUCAGUACUAAGGCUAUGAUUAUACACUGAUGGCCAUCGCAGCUGACCAUUCGACCAUGGACAAAUCAUUCCUAAAAGCUGAUAAACCAUUUAAAAAAAAUCACACUGGGCUUAAAGUGUUUAUAACAUAUUUAAAGUGUUUUAAUUGAGAACAUUUCUGUAAGUCUGAUGUAUUAUUCACAAAUGUAUUCAUUGUUUUCUACAUCCAAAAUGGAACAUAACUGCUAGCAUUUGUUUGUGACUAAUUUUACAUAAGACAACAUUGUCUCACCUUUUUUUUUUUUUUUUAAGAAAGUCACAAUUUGAAUGAAAAUCUUAGCAGUUGUGCAAGAGUGUGUGACAGUAUAGGUGUUUACAAGAAAUAUACAUGUAUGUAUGAUCACAUGAUGCUGAUUCAAUUAUGUUUAGUAAUAUGAUUGUACAGAAAUCAUGAUUUUUAAAACAUUUUGUACAGAUAGUUGUAAUUUUAACUGGAAUGUACUUUAAGUUGAAUAUACUUUAGAUGCAUUAAACCACUGUCCUUACACAGAUCUUUUAAAGACUGUGACAUGGUGAUUUGUGAUGUACAAAAUACUUAUUUGAAAAAGAUACACUCAAAACAGUAAAUCAGUGCAAAAUAAUCAAGUACCAUUUAAUUAUAUUCACAAAGUGGAGGACACGAGGAAAAUGUGGAAAAUGCUUGGAGUCUGAGGAGUGAGCCUAAUGGAUAAUGUUUGUUUAGAGAAACAGAAAGUAAAAAGGAAAAGGCGGGGUGGCUGAUAAGUAUCAUGGUGGGAAUAUCCAACAACAUUAUUUUGUUAUUUCUCAAUUCGCAUGCUGAAUGAGUGAAACACAACAGCAGCAAAAUGUGUGGAGUGAAAUGCAUCACCUUUGCUCUGUGGAUUAAUAUUCUUAGUGUACUAACAGGAGAAAACAAGUUUAGACUGGAAUUAACUCCGUUAAAUCCAGUGAUUCAUGUAGGAACGGAUUUGGAGCUGACCUGUCAAAUGAAUGAUUGUCCAGAUAAUGUGACCUUCAUCUGGAAAUCAGCACUGGAUGAAUUUCUCGGUGGAGAGGCUAAAGAUGAGCAGACUGUUUCCCGCCUGCUGAUCAAGAACAUCUCUGUCAAACACAGUGAUAAAGUUUUGUGCAAAGCUAUUUGUCAGCAAAGUCCACAAGAGAAAAUAACAGAGAUACAUAUGUUCUCAUUUCCAGAAGAUCCCAUCCUGCCCAAAAUAAAGAGUUUGAUAGCAAACCAAGAACAGAGGCUUAUCUGCACAGUCCGCAACAUUUAUCCUUUGGAAAAGUUUCAGAUUGAGUGGCUUCGUGGAGACAAGUCCCUCUAUGAGGAAGAACCUGAAGAACCAAUUUUCAACGGUGUUCAGAAUUAUAUCUCUGUGUUCAAUUACACACCUUCUGUUGAUGAUCUGGGCAAGAACAUUAGUUGCAAGGCAACAUUGAAGCUCAAUCUCAAAAAUCAGGAGAAAACAACAACUGCUGAAUAUGGUCCAGGGACUAUAAAAGUUUCCAGUAAUAAUACCUCAGUAAAGCUUGGUGAACGUUUGGAGAUAACAUGUCAUGCAGACGGAAACCCUGAACCAACGAUCGUUUGGUGGAAACAAGGGGAGACUGAACUCCAGAGUCAGAACCACAAGUUGAUAAUAAAUAAUGCUUCCUGGUCUCAGGCAGGUUGGUAUUGGUGUAACGUAAGCAAUCACGUGGGAAGCCAGCAGUUGAGAGUACAAGUCACUGUUGUAGGUCCUCCAAACAUCCCCAAAAUCCAGUUAAGCCAUAGAGAAGAGCCCAAA